AUGGCUGGUGAAGAGGGACAGUCGUUCAAGGUGAUUCUGUUGGGUGACGCGACGGUGGGGAAGACUCAUUUGGUAUCGCGGUACACGCGUGGGACAUUGCCGCAGCAGCCGAAGGCGACGAUUGGCGUGGAGUUUGUUACGAAGCAGGUAGCCGUGGCGCCCGACGUGAGUGUGCGUGCGCAGAUUUGGGACACUGCCGGACAGGAACGGUAUAAGAGUAUAACACAGACACAUUACCGGCGGGCCUUCGGUGCGUUACUGGUUUACGACGUGACGAACAAGGCGUCUUUUGUGAACACGAGCAAGUGGGCCGAUGACCUGAAACAGAGUGCGGAACCGGAUGUGGUUAUUGUGUUGGUAGGUAACAAGGCCGACCUCGUGGAAAACGACCCAUCACUCCGUGCUGUCGAUACCCAAACCGCACAGGCCUUUGCACAAAAAAACGGCUUCCUCUUCUUCGAAACCUCCGCCGUUACUGGUCGUCAAGUCAACGACUGCUUCAUAGCCCUGAUGAAACAAAUACAUCAAAACGCUACCGCUGCAACCACACAGGAUCAUGGCGGCUCGGGACCUGGCGUCAAUUGGGGCGGUGCCAAUCGAUCAGAUCGUGACUUCAUCGACAAAUAUAACAGGGAACUCAAAGGCGGUCUUAAACUCGGCGCUAACGACCAAAAAAAGAACAGCGGCUGUUGCGGCGACGACGACUGA